AGAGAAGGAAGCCGAGAUGAAAUGUGUAAGUGACUCUGGCUUUGGUGCCCUUAGCGAGAAAAACCUUUAAAGCGCCACAUGGAAAAGAAGCUCGUUACUCGUUCAAGUCCCCAGUUUCUUAGAACCCAGCCCGGCGAAGCACUGGAUUUCAGAUUCCUCAGGUACAUCCGCAUUCGGAAUUCUCUGCGGCUCAGCGUCCUCGCCCUCGCCCUCGCCCUCGCGGGUCUCCCGGAAUUUCGCAAACCAAGCCCCGGCGCCUUUGGGGAGCCGACUUUCCAGGGGCGCGGGAAGCGCCACCCGGGAAUCUCACCAUCAGUGGGCGUUUAGCGCAGCCAAGCGACAGGCUGGCGCCAGGGCUCAGCAACAGGGAGGCGCCGGCUGAGGCGGGGAGAACUUUGCGCUCCGAGCAGAACCACCCUUCGCUGGCCAGUCGCGUCGCUCCUCCGAGGAAGCAGGCGGCGGCGGCGACUGGGCGGAAAGAGGAGCGAAGCAAGGAAAAGAGGAAGUAGCGAGACAGGAAGAAAGAUGAAGCCAGUGCCGGGGGGGCCCGCCAGAGGGUGGCGGACGGUGGAGCAAGGAGAAUUUGGCUUCUUUUUCGCACUCUGGGCGUGAACGCUGCCUCCUGCGCGACCCCAAGGAAAUAAGUGGGUCUCGCCUGGGCACGAAAGGAAAAGAAAAGAAUCCAAGUGAGCGCGUUGCCUCCUGGGUCGCGUUGCCCCCCUAGGAACUCCGGUGGCUUUCCAGCCCAGCCGCGGGACCGGACGCAGUGCCCCAGCCGCCCUGCAGAUGGGGAGAGCAGGGAACCGGCGCCCAAGCCGCGGGUGACCGGCGCCGGCCCGCCCGCCUGCACGCCUCCGCGCAGGGACCGGGCGGGCGGAGGAUGCGAGGCGGAGGGACCCGGGUGCGCUAGGCUCCAACUUGGAUGGCCCGGAGACCGCUUCGGCUCCUGGGAGCGCUCCGCAGCGUAGAGUGAGCUGCCCGCGGGACCUGGGGGCGGAGACCUUAGGCAGCGGCUGGAGGGGGGGGGGCGAGCCAGGCGCAGGAGGGGGCGCGCUUUCUCCCUGCGGGUCUCAGUAAUGAGGAGAUUGAGUUUGUGGUGGCUGCUGAGCAGGGUCUGUCUGCUGCUGCCGCCGCCCUGCGCUCUGGUGCUGGCCGGGGUGCCCGGCUCCUCCUCGCACCCGCAGCCCUGCCAGAUCCUCAAGCGCAUCGGGCACGCGGUGAGGGUGGGCGCGGUGCACUUGCAGCCCUGGACCACGGCCCCCCGCGUCGCCAGCCGCGCUCCGGACGGCAGCCGGGCGGGCGCCCAGAGGGAUGAGCCCGAACCAGGGACUUGGCGACCCCCGGCGCCCUCGCCGGGCGCACGUUGGUUGGGGAGCGCCCUGCAUGGCCGGGGCCCGCCGCGCGCCCGGAAGCCCGGAGAGGGCGCCGGGGCCGAGACCCUGUGGCCUCGGGACGCCCUCCUCUUCGCCGUGGACAACCUGAACCGCGUGGAAGGUCUGCUGCCCUACAACCUGUCUUUGGAAGUCGUGAUGGCCAUCGAGGCGGGCCUGGGCGAUCUGCCGCUCCUGCCCUUCUCCUCCCCAAGCUCGCCGUGGAGCAGUGACCCUUUCUCCUUUCUGCAGAGCGUGUGCCACACCGUGGUGGUGCAAGGGGUGUCGGCGCUGCUCGCCUUCCCCCAGAGCCAGGGUGAGAUGAUGGAGCUCGACUUGGUCAGCUCCGUCCUCCACAUUCCGGUGAUCAGCAUCGUGCGCCACGAGUUUCCGCGGGAGAGUCAGAAUCCCCUUCACCUACAACUGAGUUUAGAAAAUUCAUUAAGUUCUGAUGCUGAUGUCACUGUCUCAAUCCUGACCAUGAACAACUGGUACAAUUUUAGCUUGUUGCUGUGCCAGGAAGACUGGAACAUCACCGACUUCCUCCUCCUUACCCAGAAAAAUUCCAAGUUCUACCUUGGGUCUAUCAUCAACAUCACCACCAACCUCUCCUCCACCGACGACCUCUUAAGCUUCCUGCAGGUCCAGCUUGAGAGUAUUAAGAACAGUACGCCCACCAUGGUGAUGUUUGGCUGUGACAUGGAGAGUAUCCGGCGGAUUUUCGAAGUUACCACCCAGCUUGGAGUAACCCCCACUGAGCUUCACUGGGUGCUGGGGGAUUCUCAGAACGUCGAGGAACUGAGGACAGAAGGUUUGCCCCUUGGGCUCAUUGCUCAUGGAAAAACAACUCAGUCCAUCUUCGAGUACUAUGUACAAGAUGCCAUGGAACUGGUCGCAAGAGCUGUAGCCACGGCCACCAUGAUCCAGCCAGAACUUGCGCUCAUCCCCAGCACCAUGAACUGCAUGGAGGUGGAAGCCACAAAUCUCACUUCAGGACAAUAUUUAUCAAGGUUUCUAGCCAACACCACUUUCAGAGGCCUCAGUGGUUCCAUCAAGGUAAAAGGUUCCACUAUCAUCAGCUCAGAAAACAACUUUUUCAUCUGGAAUCUGCAACAUGACCCCAUGGGAAAGCCAAUGUGGACACGUUUGGGCAGAUGGCAAGGGGGCAAGAUUGUCAUGGACUAUGGAAUAUGGCCAGAGCAGGCCCAGAGGCACAAAACCCACUUCCAAUACCCAAGUAGACUACAUUUGAGAGUGGUUACCCUGAUUGAACAUCCAUUUGUCUUCACGCGGGAGGUAGAUGAUGAAGGCUUGUGCCCUGCUGGCCAACUCUGUCUAAACCCCCUGACUAAUGACUCCUCUGUCUUGGACAGCCUUUUUAACAGCCUCCAUAGCAGUAAUGAUACAGUGCCCAUCAAAUUCAAGAAGUGCUGCUAUGGAUAUUGCAUUGAUCUGCUGGAAAAGCUAGCAGAAGACAUGAACUUUGACUUUGACCUCUAUAUUGUUGGGGAUGGCAAGUACGGAGCCUGGAAAAAUGGGCAUUGGACUGGGCUGGUGGGUGAUCUCCUGAGUGGGUCAGCCCACCUGGCAGUCACUUCCUUCAGCAUCAAUACUGCUCGAAGCCAAGUGAUAGAUUUCACCAGUCCUUUCUUUUCCACCAGCUUGGGCAUCUUAGUGAGGACCCGAGACACAGCAGCUCCCAUUGGAGCCUUCAUGUGGCCACUCCACUGGACAAUGUGGCUGGGGAUUUUUGUGGCUCUGCACAUCACUGCCAUCUUCCUCACUCUGUAUGAAUGGAAGAGCCCCUUUGGUAUGACUCCCAAGGGGCGAAAUAGAAGUAAAGUCUUCUCCUUCUCUUCAGCCUUGAAUGUCUGUUAUGCCCUGUUGUUUGGUAGAACAGCAGCCAUCAAACCCCCCAAAUGCUGGACUGGCAGGUUUCUAAUGAACCUUUGGGCCAUUUUCUGUAUGUUUUGCCUUUCUACAUACACGGCGAACUUGGCUGCUGUCAUGGUUGGUGAGAAGAUCUAUGAAGAGCUCUCUGGAAUACAUGAUCCUAAGCUGCAUCAUCCCUCUCAAGGCUUCCGCUUUGGAACUGUCCGGGAAAGCAGUGCUGAAGAUUAUGUGAGGCAAAGCUUCCCAGAGAUGCAUGAGUAUAUGAGAAGGUACAAUGUACCAGCCACCCCUGACGGAGUGGAGUAUCUGAAGAAUGAUCCAGAGAAACUAGACGCCUUCAUCAUGGACAAGGCCCUCCUGGAUUAUGAAGUAUCAAUAGAUGCUGACUGCAAACUUCUAACCGUGGGGAAGCCAUUUGCUAUAGAAGGGUAUGGCAUUGGUCUCCCGCCCAACUCUCCACUGACCUCCAAUAUAUCCGAGCUCAUCAGUCAGUACAAGUCCCAUGGGUUUAUGGAUGUGUUGCAUGACAAGUGGUACAAGAUGGUUCCCUGUGGAAAGAGAAGCUUUGCUGUCACGGAGACUUUGCAAAUGGGCAUCAAACAUUUCUCCGGACUCUUCGUGCUUCUGUGCGUGGGCUUCGGUCUGUCCAUGCUGACCGCCAUCGGGGAGCACAUCGUGUACAGACUGCUGCUCCCGCGAAUCAAGAACAGGUCCCGGCUGCACUACUGGCUCCACACCAGCCAGAGGUUACAUAGAGCACUAAACACAUCGUUUGUAGAGGAAAAGCAGCAGCGUUUCAAGACUAAACGUAUGGAAAAGAGGUCCAGUGUGGGACCCCGUCAGCUCACGGUGUGGAAUACUUCCAGUCUGAGUCAGGAUAACCGACGAAAAUACAUCUUUAGUGAUGAGGGAGGACAAAACCAGCUGAGCAUCCGGACCGACCAGGAGAUCCCGCUCCCUCCAAGGAGAAGAGAGCUCCCUGCCUCGCUGACCACCAAUGGGAAGGCGGACUCCCUAAAUGGAGCUCGGAACUCAGUGAUGCAGGAACUCUCGGAGCUCGAGAAGCAGAUUCAGGUGAUCCGGCAGGAGCUGCAGCUGGCUGUGAGCAGGAAGACGGAGCUGGAAGAGUAUCAAAGGACGAACCGGACUUGCCCCGACCUGGAUCUGCAGCUGCCUUUGGAAGACGAUGCCUCGCAGCCACGUCCCCUCUGCAGCCGCUGAGUGCUCUGCCGGCCUGCUCUGCGCGGCCUGAGGUACUGAGGUACGGGCGAAGCCCUCGACCGGACAGCCAGGCUCCUAACGUACACGGGCACUUUUCUAACGCAGCUCCUCCUGACUGUACUCGAGAAGCUGGCUAUUUAAAGGAACCCAGAGGUGAAUUCUUUUGUAAAGUAAAGAAUCCUUUUGUAAUGCAAUUAACUACCCCUUAAUGUAUCUGUUUUGUAAGUUUGGAUUUUUGUAUAUCGGGUUUACCUUAAGCUUCUCUCCUGAGGCGUGCUGAGCAGGGGUGACCCGCCAGGCAGCCCUGCCUGCCCUGGAAGCAGCCGGCCCGUGCACGGCUGCGCCGGGGUCUUCCGAGGAGCUCCUCCGCCAAAUUCGCGGCCAGGGUGUGGCCCGCAGCAGCAGGAGCUGAAGCAGGCUUGCUGCCGGCAGCAUCGCUUGAAAUGCCUCCGUUUUCUGGAUGAAGAGAAACCGCCGAGUUGCUUGUGGUGGAACCAAGCAGUCUCAGGUGGCGGUGGUUGUCGUUACUGGUAGUAACUGAACAGUGUUUUGCAGUGUGUGAAACAGUGUGUUGUGUUUUAUAAAGAGUUCAUGAAAUGGUGGGUCCUUCGAAAACUCUUUCUGUUCUGCUCCACUUGUCCUUUCAGCUCCCCUCGGGCUCAGAAACCAGAGGUCCAAGUCUUCGGGUGGAGGGUGGUGGUUUAGUGAGGAACAAAGAGGGAAGGGCCGCUCCCUCGCCGCCUCUUCUGGGCUCCUCUCUCAGGAGAUCAGGAAGGUCCAUUCUUUUCCAAGCUCCGGUGCUGGGCAGCUGGACAACCCGAUUGUGUCGCACACCCCACCCCGUUUUCCAGGGGGACGUUCCCGGCACAGGAAGCACAUAAUAAAAUAUGGCGGGGUGAGCAGAAAUAGACUACGUGCGUCUUGUACAUAAUAGUAAGGGCCCCAGAGUACGGACGCUUCAAGGUAGAGGAGCAGCAAGGGGAUCCCUCCAACAAUUAAAGAGUUGGAAAAACGGGACAGACAAGUGAGGUGGCCACAGGGACACAAUCAGUUGAGGUCUUUAAUGUGCCUGGAGGUGACUCCAUUACUCAUGGAUCUUGCUGUUGCACAAACCCCAUGCAGGAGCUGCUGCUUCCGUGCUGACCAGAGAAGUGGUCAGUGAAGCAACUGCCUAGUAAAAUCCAGCGACAUCGGGGCAGUGGGCUUCUCGGUGUUGGCCCUGGGCCUAGUAGGGCCUUGGAGCUAAUAAGCACUUCCUUGGUGUGGUAAAAGAAUGAAGGGGAAAGAAACUGCUUUAGAGCCUCUCUUCCUCCCACUCAUUUUUGAUAAGUAAAACCAGAAAAUCCAACCAGUCAUGGAAAGAACUUGUGUUUUUGUCAUCAAAACCACCCCACUAGCUACACCGUUGAGUUAUUCCUUUCUUCACCCACCUAUGCCACCCACCUAAUGCAGGAGUCCCUCACUCUUUUUAGUUUAGUUCCCAAUCGUUUUAUGAAAACAAUGUACUUAGAAGUAUUUUCUUAAGGUUUGUAGAGUGUUUGCUUUGUGUCUUCAUUUUAACGUGUGUGCAAUCGCUCCAGUCCAGGAAGAGCGCAAAUGCUGUCUCGUGAGCAUGAAGUGAACAGGCUGUUUUGCUCCAGCCACUUUUCUCGUACAACCAUGUGGAUGGACUAGAUGUUCUCAGGUCUUUUCCAUCUUCAGUUUCUAUGACUGUGGAAUAAAUGUUCAGAUAGAAACUUCA